ACACAUCUUCAAGCUGACGACGACGACGACGACUAAGAGACAAGCAAGAAAACAACAACAACAAAACUCAGAUACAUCAGCUGGAAAUUGAAUUUUUUCUUUUCGAAGAGUAAUCUAACAGAGAUAAUGAAGUCAGAGCUUAACUUGCCGGCUGGGUUCCGAUUCCAUCCGACCGACGAAGAACUUGUCAAAUUCUACUUGUGCCGCAAAUGCGCCUCCGAGCAGAUCUCUGCUCCUGUUAUCGCUGAGAUUGAUCUCUACAAGUUCAAUCCUUGGGACCUUCCUGAUAUGUCUCUGUACGGUGAGAAAGAGUGGUACUUCUUCUCGCCUAGAGAUCGGAAAUACCCAAACGGUUCCCGUCCUAACCGGGCUGCAGGUACCGGUUAUUGGAAAGCUACCGGAGCUGAUAAACCCAUCGGUAAACCCAAUACGUUGGGUAUUAAGAAAGCGCUCGUCUUCUACGCCGGCAAAGCUCCUAAAGGGAUUAAGACCAACUGGAUUAUGCACGAGUAUCGUCUCGCUAAUGUCGAUAGAUCAGCUUCUGUUCACAAAAAGAACAACCUACGACUUGAUGAUUGGGUUUUAUGUCGAAUCUACAAUAAGAAAGGAACCAUGGAGAAGUAUUUCCCCGCGGAUGAGAAGCCGAGGACCACGGCAAUGGCUGAACAGUCAUCAUCGCCUUUUGAUACAUCCGACUCGACUUAUCCGACAUUGCAAGAGGAUUAUUCCAGCAGCUCGGGUGGUGGUCACGGUCGCGUUGUGUCACCAGAUGUUCGCGAGGUUCAGAGCGAGCCUAAAUGGGGAGAGCUUGAGGAUGCUUUGGAAGCUUUUGAUUCUUCCUUGUUUGGUGGUUCCAUGGAGUUGUUGCAGCCUGACGCUUUUGUUCCCCAGUACUUGUUUCAGCCUGAUUACUUCACUCCCUUCCAGGAUCCACCUGAGCAGAAACCAUUCUUGAAUUGGAGUUUUACUCCACAGGGAUAAAACCAGAGGAGACUAUAAUUUGUUUGCCUGUAUAUGCCAGAGAGAAGAGUCUCAUCUCAACUCAUCCCUGGUACUUGGCAGUUAAAAAAAGAUUGUAGAAUGUUAAUAGGUGUUAGCAUCCAUGUCUCAUUAGUAGGCAAAUUCUUGUUAUUUCAUGAAAAAACUUUAUAUAAAAAUAUUCAGAUUCUUCAAGGUA